AUGGAUGUAGCUCAAGUACAAGAUGUUGACUCGAUCAUCACUACGAACUUUAACACAAAUAUGUUGAGCACAACAGCCUCUUCAUCCUCGUCAACUUCUUCUUCCCCGGCCACCACACUCAGCCGCUACGAGAACCAAAAACGCCGUGACUGGAACACUUUUGGACAGUACCUACGUAACCACCGUCCGCCGUUAACACUUUCCCGGUGCAGCGGUGCACAUGUUCUUGAAUUCCUCCGGUACCUUGACCAGUUUGGCAAGACAAAAGUCCAUACCCAACUUUGUCCGUUCUUCGGCCAUCCCAAUCCACCAGCACCUUGCCCCUGCCCCCUCCGUCAGGCAUGGGGCAGCCUUGAUGCACUCAUCGGCCGUCUCCGGGCAGCGUAUGAGGAGAACGGAGGGAAGCCGGAGACUAACCCAUUUGGAGCUCGUGCUGUCAGGCUUUAUUUACGUGAAGUUAGAGAUUCUCAAGCUAAAGCAAGAGGGAUAAGCUAUGAAAAAAAGAAGAGAAAACGGCCGCCGCAGCUGCCACAGUCGCUGCAGCCGCCUGCUCCACUUUCUUGA